AUGGCAUGCAACACCAACAAAUACUCCGAGUGUUACAACCCUACAGAAGCUGGUGGUGUAUGUGACGCCGCACUCCAAACAACCCACACUCAUAUAGAUUGGGUUCAUGUUCAUGGAAAUGUUAUGGAAAGUAUGGUUCAUCCAGCUUUUUGGAAACCAGUUAAACCUACAUCAGGAACUCAACAUGAUUGUAAUUAUGGACGAUUGUGUCCUGCACACCACGGCUACCAUACAACAUACAACUAUCCUUUCCACAAGAAGAUAACAAUAGGAACACAUGGAAUUAACAAUUGUUUUGAAUUUGUUUCAAAUUUUACAAUAGGAGGAAACUGGCCUCAAGACGAAUUGUUUAUUCAGAUGGAAUCACCUGCAGUUUACAUGACCUACGAAUUUUCCAAACAAUUCACAUUCAAUCCAGCAACAAGGCUUGCUGAAAAUUAUCAUAAUAAACAUUUACCAGUUAUUUUAUCGACUCCGGACCACAAUUACGCACUUGGAGCGUAUACUCCGCAAGGACAAGAUACAGAUAUACAUGAAAAUUACGACAGCCAUUUAUUCAAAGGUUCAAAUUUCGCUGGUACAACCUCAAAAUUCAAUGUCGUUUUCUAUAAGAGACCUCAUGGUACAGGGGUUCAUCAGUAUGUUUAUAGAACGUACUUCUGCGUCGGAACCUUAAAUGACGUCACUAGUUGUUUACAUAAGAUUAUGACGGCUGUUCCAAAUUAAAAUGA